AUGGACAAAAUAUGCAGAAUAUGUUUAAAAGAAGGUCUUCUCUCAUCCGUAUUUACAAAAAAUUACAAUGUUUCUUUGUGCGAUAUGAUCGAAUAUUGUAGUAAUGUGAAGAUUUAUGAGAAUGAUGGUUUACCAGAGCAAAUGUGUAGCAACUGUAUUUACAAAUUAGGUAUUGCAUAUCACUUCAAACAGUCCUGCGAGAGUUCAGAUAUUCGACUGAGACAACAUCUGGGAUUGCGCACAACAAACAAGAAUGAUGUUGCUGUUAUGACAGAUCCAGUUGUUCCAACUCAUACCACAAUAAUAAAGAAAUGUAAGUGCAAGUUCGGUAACCAAAAAAAGAGUAGUACAAAUUACAAAAGAAAACCCGAUUCAGAAAAGUUAAAGCGUGGACCCAAGCCAAAGCCAAAACAAGAGCACUCUUGUUAUCAGUGUAGGAAGCAAUUUCGAUGUCAAGCUCAAUUGGAAAUGCAUAUAAGAACUCAUACUGGAGAUAAGCCGUUUGUGUGUAUGUAUUGCCCUCGUCGGUUUACCCAGAAACACAAUUUGACAAUACAUCAUCGAAUACACACUGGGGAGAAGCCAUUCCAGUGUGAAGUUUGCAGUAAAAGAUUUUCUGCGCAAAGCAAUCUUCACGCACAUUUAAAGAUUCAUACAGGACAAAAGGAUCAUGUAUGUUCAUUAUGCAACAAAUCGUUCAUAACAUCUAGUGAGCUCACUCGGCAUAUGAACAAGCAUAGGGGUGUCAAAAACUUCAAAUGUGAAUUGUGUCAUGCUGCUUAUAUACACAGUAGAGAUCUUAAACUUCACAAAUUAAAGAAACAUCAAGUUGUUCCUCCAAAUUCGAAAACGCAAAAUGAAGGCUACAAUAACAACAGUCAAAUUGAUAUCAUCAGCCUUGAUGAAGCAAAAGAAAUACAAAUAAUGCCUGGGAAAGAUGUAAUUCAUCACUUUGCACCUCACACAACAGAUGAGAAGAAUCAACAGAGUGAUGCAUUGCCAGAUCACACAUACUCAUUAUAUGAGCAUAAAGGACUAAAAGAUGUAUUCCAUCCGAUUGCCACCAAAAGCACCAAUGAUGCCCACAGUUGUACUGUAUGUGGGGAAGGAUUUAUGUUUGUGACUGCAUUAGUACAACAUUGUAUCCUUCAUCACAAUGGAUAUGCUCCUAUGCAAACUAAAAGUUAUGCUUAG